GAAGCCCCGAGCAUGUAGGACCAUGGUGUCAUCAUAUUUCUCAAGACGCGCUAUGUUGGACACCGGGACACGCGUUGGAGGGAACGCGAUGCAUCCAGUGGAGAUCCACAUAGACAGACAAUCUCAAUCUACUCCUGCACCAAUCACAGCACGGCCUAGCCAUGGCGCUUCCCUAUAGACUGAUCAGUCCUCCUGUUGAUCGCUGCCGUAAUGCCCGUUGCGGUGUCCUUAUAAUCCCAUACCACUCUCUUUCUCUCUCCUCGCUUCCUCUCUCCCUUCCCCUCCUUCCAUGGAUUCCUCAAGCGAAGACUCAGAGAAAAGGGGCCACUUGGGCUCACUUGCCAACUCUCUCGACGUCGACGUCGGCGCACAGCUCACCGCCGGCAAUGACAAACACCUCUCGACCGAAGAGGCCCUGCGCAUAAGACGAAAGAUCGACUGGCAUAUAAUGCCUUUCAUGUGCAUCAUGUAUUUGAUCACUUUCAUGGACAAGACAACAUUGGGAGAGGCUGCUGUACUCGGCAUAUUGCCUGGUGCUCAUUUGAAUGCCACGCAGUUCAACUGGCUAGGCACAAUAUUCUAUUUCAGCUACCUUAUCUUCCAGUAUCCCCAAAAUCUGGCUCUCCAGCGGUUCCCAGUUGGAAAGUGGAUGAGCAUCAACAUUUUUCUCUGGGCUGUCAUAUUGCUAUGUCAUGCUGCAUGUACCUCUUUCGGUGGUCUAUUUGCUGUACGCUUCCUGCUAGGAGUCUGCGAGGGAGCAAUCACACCAGGUUUCAUGAUCGUCACAUCCAUGUUCUACACUCGCGAGGAGCAGACCAGGCGUGUCGGAUAUUGGUUCCUCAUGAAUGGGAUCGCUGUCAUUGUCCUAGGCUUCUUGAGUUUCGGCGUCUUGCACAUCGAUACGGGUAAAUUCCUCCCGUGGCAGUGGUUGAUGAUCAUCACUGGCGCCUUGACUUUGGUCGUUUCUGUCGCCUUCUGGUUCUUAUUUCCCGAUUCGCCAACCACAGCUUGGUUCUUGACCCCUGAAGAAAGAGCGGCUGCGGUUGAGCGCAUCAAGGUCAAUCAGACUGGACUGGAGAACAAACAUUUCAAACUCGACCAGUUCACUGAGACGCUGACGGACCCAAGAACCUGGCUAUUGGCAUUCUUUGCUGCUGUAUCGAACGUCGUGAAUUCUCUCACUAAUCAGCGUCAGCUCAUUGUCGCACAGUUUGGUUUCAGUGAUAUCCAGACUACCCUUUUGGGUUGUGUCGAUGGUGUCGUAGAGAUCAUUGCGAUAUAUGUUGGCGUUACACUGGCUUCUCAGUGGUUCAUUGGCCGUGCUUACGCAGGAGUGCUCAUGUACAUUCCUGCGAUUCUCGGCGCCAUCCUCGUCAACACUCUCCCGUCUGGGAACAAGAUCGGUCUGCUCUUCUCGUACUGGGUAUCAAUUUUCGCAAUUGCCCCAUUCGCCAUCUUCUUGGGCUGGGUGAGUUCGAUAACUUCCGGACACACUAAACGAAUCACCACGAAUGGUAUUGUUCUGUGUGCCUAUGCGAUUGGUAAUGCCGUAGGGCAAUUCAUGUGGAAGGCUCAGUACCAGCCCCGAAACCAUGUGCCGUGGGCAGUUAUUGCGUCCUGCAACUUCGCAUCUGCCAUUGCCAUGGUCAUUCUGCGCUUCUGGUUCGUGUGGGACAACAAACGACGUGACGCAGAAAAGCAUGAUGACACGUACGACGAUGUCUAUAUCAUGGUUGUAGAGGAAGAUGGCACAAAGAUUGAACGCAAGGUGGACAAGGCCUUCCUCGAUCUUAGUGACAAACAAAACAGAGAUUUCCGCUAUAUCUUGUAGGGGGUUGAUGACGACAUAUAUGAAUACAUUUUACACCUUGGAGAGAAAAAUGCAGUCCAAACUCGUAUAGAUUGUAUCUACUGAUAUAUUUAAAAGCUUGUAUCUAUUGUACCCACCACACUUAAUUAUAUCCUUGAAGAACUUUGAUAGCUCAGCGAAU